AUGUCGGCCAACAACACCACCAACCUCGUCGGCAACGCCGGCGAAGUCCUCAAGAAGAACGUCAAGGAUCUCCUUGCCACUGGCCUUUUCUCGGACUUGACCAUCGUCUGCGGACACAAGGAAUUCAAGGUCCACAAGUCCAUCCUCUACUUACAGAGCGAUUACUUCAAGAAGUUGCUGGGUGGCGAAUUCCGCGAGGCCAACUCGAGCACCAUUCCAUUCGAUGAGGACCCCGAUACCUUCCACGCACUGAUCCACUUCCUCUACAACUUCACCUGGUGCCCGAGCAUGGUGGAGCCGACCCAGGUCGUGGCCGUCUACCAACUCGCCGACAAGUACCUUGUCCCACCACUUUACCAACUCGCCGCCAGCCGGUUUAAGCAGGCCUGCGACCCCAAGGGCAACACCGAAACCUUCAUCGACGCCAUCGACGCCGUCCUUGAGUCCACUGCGCCUGGUGACGACACGUUGUGGAACAUCGUCUUCCCUAUGAUCAAGCAGAACAUGCGUCUCCUGACCAAGAACGCCAGCUUCGUGGACUUGCUGCAGAAGCACGAGGACCUCAACAUUCGUCUCCUCGAGGAGAUGAGUGUGAGUGAGCCGGCCGAGCACACUGCGAUUGACCCUGAUCUACUGGCUGAUGGCGGCGGGUGGGGCUCGAUCUAUGGCGGAGGCGGCAGGAAGUUGGGGUGA